AUGCCGCAGCUCAACUUUGUAGCUUCAUCGGACGAUAGCGAGAGAUUGCAGAUGCACUCCGAACCCGCGGAAAGACUUAUGGAGCGGGCGAAGACCAACUCCCUGCUGAUGGAUACGGCUUUAGCUGGAGGCGGAGCGCGCGCGCCACGCGGAGGACCUGGCGUCCCUGGAGCAGGAGCUGGCGCGGCUGCGCGACGAGAUGGCCGCCCAGCUGCGCGAGUACACCACGCUCAUGGACAUCAAGAUCACGCUCGACCACGAGAUCGCCACCUACCGCGCGCUCCUCGAGGGCGAAGAGGACAGGCUGAACCUGACGUCGCAGUCUCCGGGGCGCGAGUCGCGCGCGUCGGGCGCGGCGUCCAGCGGCAUCGGCAGCUCGGGCCGCCUCACCCCGGGCCGCCGCGCCACGCCGCUGCGGGCCGCGCGCAAGCGCACGCUGCUCGACGAGACCGAGGAGCGCAGCCUCAGCGACUACAGCGUCACCGCCAGCGCCACGGGGACCUCGAGGUCGCCGAGGCCUGCCCCGACGGGACCUUCGUCAAGAUACGCAACAAGGGCAAGAAGGAGCUGAGCCUUGGCGGUUACCAGAUCAUCCGUAAGGCCGGCGACCAGGAGACGGUGUUCAAAUUCCACCGCACCGUGAAGUUGGAGCCUGGCACGGUGGCCACCGUGUGGUCUGCUGACGCCGGUGCCGACCACGACCCUCCGCAUCACAUCGUCAUGAAGGGACAGAAGUGGUUUGUGGCCGAUAACUUCACCACAGCACUCCUCAACAAUGACCAGGAGGAGGUAGCCAUUUCUGAGAGACAGCGGCGGCAAGUGAGCACCAGCGCCCAAAGACACCGUGAACUCGCGCACAAAUUCCCCCGUCGUGAUCAGUUGGGCGAAAUCCGGGAGGGUGAAGAGAACUGCCGCAUCAUGUAACGUGCAGCGGACAGCCGCUCGCCACUCGGUGCCUCACGCUUCACUCGUCCGGAGCUACACAUUCUGCCCUGUGGGCAUCCUCCCUCACUAUUUUCCGCAGCGUUUCUUUAACGAGAUGCUAGAUUAUGGUGUAUUUUACGUUAGUCACUGACACUUCGGUACUUCAAUGUUCGUUUAUUUUUACUAUAUGGUUAAUACAUUUUAUUUCUGCAAAUGUAUUCCAAUGUACUUCAGAAUUUAAUUUGUUGCAUAUGAAUUUCUU